CAUUCUUUCUUAGGCGGUUACAUGUCCCUCAUGGCUGCUGCACGCUAUGCGGAUACGUAUAGGGCAGCCAUCGCUGGGUCUCCGGUAGUUGACUGGGCUCAUUACGACACAGCCUACACAGAACGCUACUUGGGCCUACCGAGUGAGCAUCCCGAUGCUUAUACCCUUGGGAGCGUGCUGUCCUACAUCCAAGGAUUCCCAAAUGAUGCGCCCUGCCUCAUGAUAUCUCACGGUGGACAGGACGAAAAUGUGCACUUUUCUCAUACCUCUGCCCUAUUGCAAAGGUUGGGCAGCCUGGGAAAGCCCUAUGAGUUCUUCGUAAGUACUUUUGUGCAACUUUCUCGAAAUUAG